UCUGCUCCCAUUCUCCAUUUCCUCACUAGAUGGUGUGAGAGCCGCUGGAGAGCAGAGCCCCAGCCUUCCCCGCGCUGAGACACUCCGACCAAAACAAACCUGGAAAACUACGCGGAGCGCCAUUCCUCGGGGUUUUUGAGGAGGGAAGAGCGGGAUUAAUCUAUUUCUCCUCCACUCUUGUUUCUUUUUUGUUUUUUUCUUUUUUAAUUUUUUGAUAACGGCGCGGAAAAGCCUCGACCCAGCGGUGAUGGACAUUAUGAUUGCCGUGCAGGAUGCGUGUGUCUCCGGUCAGUGGCUCACCGCUAUAAUUCUCAGUCUUUGCUGCUUUUUGCCUUCGUGCUUGCCCGCUGGCCAAACUGUGGACUAUGCUUCGAGUGAAAGUGUGGUCAGCAGACAAGGGGACACGGCGCUCCUGAGGUGCUACCUUUUGGAUGGGAUCUCAAAAGGAGCAUGGUUGAACCGUUCCAGUAUAAUAUUCGCAGGGAAUGACAAAUGGUCAGUGGAUCCUCGUGUGUCCAUCGUAUCAAAUAUGGGUGAUAAACAUGAAUACAGUCUACAAAUACAGAAAGUGGAUGUAACGGAUGAAGGCUUAUAUACCUGCUCUAUACAGAGUGAACGCAAUCCGCGGCCUAAAAUCAUUCACUUAAUCGUAAAAGUUCCUCCCAAAAUAUAUGACAUUUCAUCGGACAUCACGGUAAAUGAAGGCGGGAAUAUUUCACUCUUCUGUGCAGCCAGUGGCAAACCAGAACCUAAAAUCACCUGGAGACACAUUACCCCAUCAGCCAAGAAGUUCGGGACUGGAGAGAAUUUGAACAUAACCGGUAUAACUCGGGAUGCGGCAGGGGACUACGAAUGCGGCGCCGAGAACGACAUCGCCUCUCCUGACACCAGGACUGUGAGAGUCACAGUCAACUUUCCGCCGUCCAUUCAUGAGAUGAAGAGUCAUGGGGUCCGGCCUGGUUACACGGCGCUGCUGAGGUGCGAGGCAGCUGCUGUCCCAGCUCCAGUCUUUGAGUGGUACAAGGGGGAAAAGAGGCUUAGCAAGAGUCAAGCUGGCAUUGAAAUCAAGAACCUCAGCUCCAGAUCAAUCCUCACAGUGAGCAACAUGACAGAGGAUCGCUAUGGCAACUACACCUGUGUGGCCGCCAACAGGUUGGGAACAGCCAACGCCAGUGUGCCUCUGAUUCCCCCCAACACGGCUCCGUAUGGAAGUACAGGAGGAGCCGAGGUCCUGCUGGCCUGCCCGUACCUGCUCCUGACGCUCUCCUCCCUGCUCUGCGUUUACUAGCCCUGAGGACAGCCAUACACAAUGACUGUAAAGAACCCUUUCGAGCAUUUGCAAAUCCUUUGACAUCGCCGAUGACUGGAUCCAAUCUGGUACUGUUUGUUUGGGAAGCAGCGAGGGAUUUUAAUCAGCAGUACUUAUGUUUUGGAUGGUGUUUGUUUUGUUUUUUUGUUUUUUUUCAUCCUGUGGAUUUUCUCAUCAUGUAAAUACGUACAAUUUAGGAUUUUUCUUUUCCUCUCUCUCUUAUUUUAUUUUCUUGAUUGCCCACUUUGUGAAUCAGCUCACAUUGUCCUCUUUUGGAGAGCUUCAAAAUUAGCUGCAUUUUGUGGGAGGGAGGGGUGGGAACGGGCGACAUUAGAGGCUUUGUUGUUGGAAACGGCCGAGAGGAUGCCCUAGUGUGCCACCUCCAUCAGAGUGCUGCUACAUCACACUUCCACAUAGCCACAAUGGGAAUGCAGUCUUUUAGGUCCCGAGGGUUGACUAGCUGAUUUCAAUUCAGUUACAUUUCACCAACAAUCAAAAAAGCUUUGAAAAGGGAACAUUUGAAGACGCUGAAAUUAUCGCAGUUGUAUGGCAAAUGACAAGCUAAAUCUGCUGACACAGAUUGGAGCGGUAGAGUAUUUCACUGAAUAAGAAUUGUGAUGUUUUGUGGACCAAAAUUACAGCCAUAAUUCAAUGAUUCAGCGCAUUAUGCUAUAGAGGCUCAUUUGCCCCACACAAUAAGAUGAGACAGCGCUGAAGAGAGUAGCACAGUCUUAUUGCUUAUUCGCCACAAUCAGCAUGCCUUGUCUGCCACAAUAAUGUGACUGAAAUAUCCAGCUUGGAAACAGAGAUUGAGAAAUGUUUCCGUUUACAUUGGCUGGCAAAUAGGUAACAAGAUUUGAGAUGGUCAAAUCUAUUUGAUGUUUCGAUGACUAUUUGAUGAUAUAAGGUAUGAUUUAGGUGAUACCUGAAAUAGUUAUUGCAUGCACUGAACAUGCCACAGAUUUGGGCAUGAAAUGGCCACCUUUUUCAGGCUGAAAGAGCCACAGACCAUGGAAACUGUGAGCUGUGGACAAAAAUCAAUAUAAGAUGUAUUUAAAUAAGUAAUGUGAAUAUAAUGUUAUGUAUAAAGAUAUUAUGGAGAAUCAGUUUUAUGCACUAUGUCAAAUUUUACUGAUGUUUACAAAUUGACAGUAUGCAAAAAUGAUUACCAGUUGAUUACUGAUCCUAAUUAUGACGAUGGAUUUGAAUCUCUUGCAUUUAUUGAAAUUAUGGGUUUAAUUUUUGCAGUCCACUUAAUAUGUCUCUUUAGGAAAAUCAUGUUCAGAUGUCAUACAUGGUUUAGUCUUCGGGGCAACAUUGACAGUUUCAAACAGAACUUGUCUGAACGCCUAAUUUUGUGUCACUAUAAUCAUCCCAUUUGGUUAGGUUUGAUUUCAUGUGCUGGUCUAAUAUUUCUUUAAUUUUAUAGAUUAAGUUCUAUUUUGUUAUUGUUAUAAUUUGUACAGGAUUUUUAUAAUGUAUUAAUGCAUCACAUGUACUCCCUGCUUUGCUUUAGUCCGUGUGAAAUUGUUUUGAACAGGGAAGCAGAAAAAAAGCUCAUGUUCACUUCCCUUGUGAGGGCAGUAUGGUAUGAAGUGUGGAUUUCAAUAUGUCAAUGAAUAUGAUUUGAAAGAAGUAUGCAGUAUGGCAUAGUUUACAAUGUUGUCUUUGAGUUUAGAUGCCAUAUCUGUUGUUGAUUAUUGUCAAAACAAAUAGAUUCAAUUAAAAAAAAAGUAUCAACAGUUUAUAAUCAAAUAAUCUACUUUUUAACUCAGAGGGUGUGAAGCAGUUAUAUGAUAUUAUAGAAGAUAAGUCAUGUGUGUAUUUGGAGAAAGUAGAGUUAAUUUUAUAUUCUUGGUAGAGCUCGUGUCUAGGUUUAGUUUAACCUCUACCCUAGUUCUCACACACGUUGUGUAUUAUGAUGUGCAGAAAUUAUGAUUGUGCUGCAUGUCAAAUGAAUAUGUACGUUAAAGGUGGCCAAUGACCAUAAAUCAAUAUCUUUUGAGUACAAAACCAGUUUCAAGACUGUUUUGACUCAUUUUCACUCACUGGAAUAAAUAAUUAUACAGCAAGUCCUCCAAGUACACCAUAAAAGUUUUCUUUGACUUUGGAAAAACCCUGGCACAAUAGUCCAGAAUGACUCCCAACAUGGAUUUACAUGGAUUUUGUCUUGACCUAUAAUUCACUGUACUAUUGUGUUUUUCUAAAUUUUAGGUGAAUGGUUUGGCGAAACAUCAGACAUACGCUUUUCCACUUGAUGUAGUCAGUCAUGUUUGGUGGUCCGUAUUGCUUCUUUAAUUUAGCGCUGGACCUGUGAGGCUAAUGUUGCUAACAAUAGAAGUCAGUAGUCACCCAAAUCUUCUCUGUAAAUACCCCAAAUCCCCCAAAAUCCACUCAAACCACAUUCAGAUCUCAGUAAGGUUGUGCAGACUUGUUGGUAUUGUUUAGGACACAGUAUGACUUACUGUGAACAUGUGUCUAAAUGCUGUGCAGCCAUUUUAAACAAAAGAAUUGUACUUACUCCCCUGCAUGCAUGUCACGCAGGAAUAUGGACGCCACAGAUUACAUUCACGGUUUCUGUUGUUUCUUUUGGUGAAUAAAUUACUGUUAAUCUUGAAUUUUCUUCUGAAGAGAUACAUUCAUUCAUAGAUGUAAUAUCAUAAUGUAACCUAGAGCCCAUAUGUCAGCAUGACACUUAAGAACAUGAAGGGGAGUCAGAAGUCAGCACAGCACCUGUUGUCAAAAAUGACUGUCCACCGCCAAAGCUACACAGCGACGUGUUGUUAAUUUUUGUAGUUCACAGUAAAGUCAUACUUUGUCCUAAACCAUAUCAAGAUGUCGGUACAACCUUAAUGAAGAUCUGGAUGUGGUUUGAGCGGGUUGAGAGAAGUUUUGGGGAUGUAUUUAUAGAAAUACUUGGGUGACUACUGACUUCUAGUCAGUAGCUUCAACAUUAGCUUCAUAGCUCCAGUGCUAAAAUCAAGAAGCAAAAUUUGGACACCAAAUUGUCUCAGUUAUUCAACAUUUCUGGAUUAAGUGGAAAAUUUUGAAUUUUUUGCCAAAUCAUUCAUUUAAAUCUCCUGUGUUUGUUUAAACUUUAACAUUUCCUUUGCCCAUUAUAAUUUCACAUUUUGAAAAAUACAUAAAUGUUGUGUACAAUUUAUGAUAAUUUCCGUAUACCUACAGCACAACAACAAGGACCUGAGAUUCAUGAUGAAACUGAAUUAUAGCUCAGCUUCAUGAAUGCUUUUAUUUAUACCUACUCUUGAAAUGAAAGGAUGGCCCUUAUUUCGUACCAGUUCAAGAAACCUUGACACAAUCUCACAGCUAUUCCCCGUGUACAAAGAGGCGGCCUGUUCUUGUGCUUAUUUUUCACUGCAGACUUUAAAGCCUCAAACUUCAAUGAAGAAAUGUUUUAAAGAGGAAGCACAUUGGAUUGCAAUCAGGCCACAACCUGCCUCUUACUUCCGAGCUUUGCAACUGCAGUAUUAUAAGUGACAUCAAAGUAUGCAUUAAACCCGAGACCAACACGAAAACUUAGGUCAAGGACGUUAACAUUAACACAUCAUUAACGUAGUGGCACACGUCGAAAUAGCAUGUGCAGCUCUAUAACCUUGAUACGUAAUGGGUUCUUGCUCAAUCACUGUUUGCAUUACUGCAUAAGCUAAGAAAUUAGCUUAUGGUAAAAUCCUUUGCAGUUCAGGCCCAUAGACUAACAUUCAGCGUGUUGAAUAAUAAAUAGGUUGCAUUUCAUUAUCAUUCGAGAAUGAGUCACUUUGGGGAAUAAGUACUGUAUAAAAUGUGCCUUUUAAAGUAUUAUGUGAUCUGUUGAAUACCAUAGAAAAGCCUCAUGUUUUAACCUGCUAUAGUUACAGUAGGGUCAUAAACAGUAUUUUUUGCAGUAGCCUAAUGACUUUUUUUAGUACCUUUCCAUCAAAAAACGUAUGUAGUGUAUGUCACAAAAGGAGCUGUCAGCAAAUUUUCGCUAUUAUGACUUAUAUCUUAUGAAAUAAUUUAGCACAAAUUCUGUCAAUAAGUAUUCAGAGUGAAAUAUCAAUGAAGACUUCAUUAACAUUGCCUAAGUGGAUACCAAGUUAAAAACAGGACACCGAAACAGCCAGAAGGUACUCAUGCAUGCAUAAUUACUCUGAAAGUUGCGGCUUCACAAAAGAGUAUGUAAAUAACAGGUAAACGUGCUUCACAUUUACAUUCAGAACAUCUAAUGACUUGAUAAUUACAUUUCGGGCAUGCAUUAAUAUUCAAAGAUUUUUUGUUUAAUUGCUCGCAUUGUCUAAGCGCUCACAUUUUUCCCUCAUUAACCCGAAAUCCACAGUUUCGGAGAUAUAAAACUUGCACAGCAUCUGCACACUCAUCUGUGGCUUCUCUUUGCUGUAUCUAAGUAGUCAUAAAGACCUCCUGAGCUGUUGCUAUUUUUAAACCACUUCAGUGCACUGGAAACAAUUCGGCACUGUUCUGUAAGCCACCCCUCCAUAGUUCAUACAGUACAUAUGGUGUGAAUGAUCGAGCAGUGUUACAUGGUUUAGUACCUACAGUUGUGCUUGAAAUGGACAUUUAAUGUAUUAUACAUAUCCUCAUAGUGAUAAAGACUGUUUGGACUGAUGUUGCCUGCUGCACACUAUUAGCUUCUUUAAAA